GCUCCUACCACAUCGGCGUCUUCUCCAACGCCCCACAUCCGAAAGAAAUUCCACCGUCCGGACUCAAGAAGAAGAAGAAGAAGAAGAGGAGAGACGGGCGAAAGCGAUCGAUCGGGGGGAAGAGAAGACCAAGCUAGAACCAACAUGCCGUGCAUCCCGGCGUCCAGCCCCAGCAGCAUCCACCACCACCACCACCAACGCCACCGGGUCCUCGCCAUGGGGUGCGGGGCGGAGCUUGCGGCCGUUCAGGGCGCGUCAGGGAUGGCGAGGUGCGGGGCGCACGACGGGGAGGUGCCUGCGGAGGUGUCGCGGCACCACGAGCACGCGGCGGCGGAUCCGGCGGGGUCCGGGAUGCGGUGCUGCUCGGCGGUGGUGCAGCACGUGGCGGCGCCGGCGGCGGAUGUGUGGUCGGUGGUGCGGCGGUUCGACCAGCCGCAGGCGUACAAGCGGUUCGUGCGCAGCUGCGCGCUGGUGGCGGGGGACGGCGGCGUGGGCACGCUGCGGGAGGUGCGCGUCGUGUCGGGCCUGCCCGCCGCGUCCAGCCGGGAGCGGCUCGAGGUGCUGGACGACGAGAGCCACGUGCUCAGCUUCCGCGUCGUCGGCGGGGAGCACCGGCUCAAGGACUACCUGUCCGUGACCACCGUCCACCCUUCGCCGGCCGCGCCGUCCAGCGCCACCGUCGUCGUGGAGUCCUACGUCGUGGACGUGCCCCCCGGGAACACCGUCGAGGACACCCGCGUCUUCAUCGACACCAUCGUCAAGUGCAACCUCCAGUCGCUCGCCAAGACCGCCGAGAAGCUCGCCGCCGGCGGGAGGGCCGUGUCGUGAGAGCCUUCGUUCGUUCGUUCCUGGAUGCGAUGCGAUCGGUCCUUUUUCCGGGCGGGGUGGAUGUGUGUUUCUUCGGCGCGUGAGCGUUUUCCCCCUGAUCUCCUGGUUUUGUCCUCCACAUUCAUUGACUCCUCAUUUUUCUUUUUCUCUUUUUUUCUCUCGUUGUUGUGAGAUGCAUGCCCCCCCCCCCCCCCCCCCCCCUUCCUCCCCUUGUCCAAAGAUUGAAGGAUGACAAGUAUAAUUGAUAGAUCGGCCUUGAUAGAUUUCAAACAAAUUCGCUAUGUGGUUGAGUUACUCUCUGUAAAUAUAUGUUAUAAUCUGUUGAUUCAUCGUUCGUGUGUC